CUUUAUUUUCCUCCGACAAAUCGCAGUCUCGCGGAUUAACUGAAAGUCGAGCUUCUCCUCCUUUUACUUCUCUUUCUUAUUUAAACAGGAUAGUAUUUAGCGAGAGCUUAGAAAAUUUGGGGUUUACUUUGUGUUUCGAAAAAAAUAGGGUUCGAAUUUAGGUUAUGGAGAUUGCAGAGAAGAAGGAAGUCGAUGAAAUCAAGGGUUUGAAUUCUCAAUCAGAAGCCAUAUUUGAUUCUAAUGAAAAAUACAUCGAAGAGAGAGACAGGCAUGCUCAUGAGCUCAAAGCUGGUUUACAUCCAUUGAAGAACAAGUUUGUAUUGUGGUACACACGCCGAACACCUGGAGUUCGUACUCAAACAUCAUACGAGGACAAUAUAAAGAGAAUUGUGGAGUUCAGUACGGUUGAAGGAUUUUGGGUUUGUUAUUGCCAUUUAGCUCGCCCUUCUUCUUUGCCAAGUCCGACUGACUUGCAUCUUUUCAAGGAGGGUAUUCGGCCUUUGUGGGAAGAUUCUGCUAACUGUAAUGGUGGAAAGUGGAUAAUCAGAUUCAAGAAGGCUGUCUCGGGUCGCUUUUGGGAGGACUUGGUUCUAGCAUUAGUUGGUGACCAACUUGAUUAUGGAGAGAACAUAUGUGGAGCAGUAUUGAGCAUCCGUUUUAAUGAAGACAUAUUGAGCGUCUGGAACCGCAAUGCAUCCGACCACCAGGCUGUGAUGGCUCUAAGAGAUGCAAUCAAGAGACAGCUGAAGCUUCCUCUUGGCUACGUAAUGGAGUACAAGGCCCAUGACGCUUCUCUGCGCGACAACUCAUCGUACAGAAACACCUGGUUGAGAGGAUAGAGAGAGAAGAAGGAUAUUGUCAGGACUUGUGUAAUGGAUGGUAGAAACCUUGAAAUAGCAUCGUGGAAUUUUAAUCUAAAGCACAAGAACAGUGUCCGUUGUGUUUCAGCUAAUGAAAGGCAUAACACAAUUCCAGUGUAUCAGGAUUAAGGACCUAGAAGCAAAUCAAAUACUAGGGUUUUAUGGAGAAAUCCAGAAUCGUCCGUUAUUGUUGUACUUAAAUACUAUAGACACUACUUGCCCCUUUCAUCUAUAUUCCGUUCAGAUAAUGUUGUCGGAAGAAGUGCUUUAUCUAUCAGUAGUAUUUCUCUUACACUUGGUAUUA